AUGCAGGAUCCAGAUCAUGUGAUGCUGUGCCUACUUCCAGAAACCGCCCCAUCUGAUAUCUCUCAUAAAAUACAACAGAAGCUGAUUGAGGCGUAUUGUCUGGAGAACCACGUUUUAGUGGUCAAGGUAAAGAAUCCAGAAAAGCUUGCUUUCCUGUUGAACAAACCAGUGGCAACCAAAACAGAAAAGGACAACCCAGUGACGUCACCAAGCGUGGAUUCCUCCUGUUUGCUCAUAGAAUGGCCGCCCAAAGUGCAGAACAGCAAGCAAGAGCUUCGUUUGAUGGAGCUGAUCUGGUCCAAUCAAGUUGUAGAGUUACCAAUAUGA